UUACCGCCGUAUUCACAAACCAAACUUAUACUUAUACUUAUGACUUAAGUCAGCGAACAGCCCUUAACGCGUUUCAAGAACCAACCUUGUACUUAUCGCAGAACUUUUCUCGUACUUAUCGCCGUGAUAAGUAAGGCUUGGUUAAGGUAGCCUCCGACCUACCUUAACGCUCCCUUGUAAACAAACAAAAUGGCGGCGAUGGACGACAACUUCGCGGAGUUCGUUAACUAUCUGGAGCGUCAUGAGGAACUAAUGCGUGGGGCAGCCUUUUCAUACGCGUCACCGCCACGGCGAGUGCUCAGGGAUCGCUUGAAUCCCAUGGAAGUGUACGACGACUACGAGUUUUUGUGCCGUUAUCGAUUUACAAAAAGGACCGUGCAGCAGCUGCUCGAUAGGCUGCCUCUGCGGGAGAACACCGAUGGACGUGGGUUCCCUGUGCCGCCUCUCCUGCAGCUGCUCAUCACACUGCGCUUCUAUGGAGCCGGCACGUUCCAAAUUGUGACCGGCGACCUAGUGAAUGUUUCACAGCCGGCAGUGUCACGGGUAAUCGAACGCGUAUCGACUAUGAUCGCCAGAAGCCUAUUUCCUGUGCUUGUGCAAUUUCCCGCCGCUUCAAAAAUGAGCGGUGUAAUGCAAGAUUUCUAUAGAAUAGGCAAGUUUCCCGGUGUGAGUGGGUGCAUUGAUUGCACCCAUGUGCCAAUUAAGAGCCCCGGUGGUGACCACGCCGAGGUGUACCGCAACCGGAAAGGAUACUUUUCGAUAAAUGUUCAGGGAAUCACGGGGCCCGACCUACAAUUUUAUGAUGUAGUGGCUAGCUGGCCAGGGUCUGCCCACGAUAGCAGAAUUUUCGACAGCAGCCGCGCCAGAGUGCUGUACGAGACGGGUGCCAUCCCCGGUAUUCUUCUCGGAGACGUGGGCUAUGCCUGCAGGUCAUAUCUGAUGACUCCUCUCAAGGAUCCUGCCCAAGGCACCCCAGAGUACAGGUACAACAAGUCACAAGCAAAAACAAGAAACAGCGUGGAACGUGUGUUUGGAAUUUGGAAGAGGAGGUUUCCGUGCCUUCAGAUGAAGCUGCAAAUUGACACAGACACCUCACUCAUAGUAAUCACUGCAUGUGCAGCGCUUCACAACCUUAGCAGAAUUCAACAUGACCCAUGC